UUUUCUUCUCUUUCCAGAACACCGCAUCUCUUCCGGCCUUCCCCACUGUUUUAUAGGCAGCUCCUCCGAAAGCGAAGUCCAACGCCCCCCACCUCCUCCGUUCGCGCAAAAACACCAAGCCCACCCAAGAAAAUCCUUUGCCCAAACUGCCCCUCGCCGGCGGGAGGCGAUGUGCCCGACGACGCCCGAUCGCCGGAAUCAGCACGGCUCCGCCGAGGCGGGCUGGCGGGAGGAGGCCGUGGCCGCCGGUUCGCUGCGGCAGGUACACCUGGACCGGGGUACCAAUGGCUGGGCCUCGCCGCCGGGGGACCUGUUCCACCUGCGCGCGCGGGGGUACUUCUCCGGCGGAGGGGGCAGGCGUGCGAAGGCGCCGUCCGUCGCGGAGUGGCUGCUCCGGCCCGCCGGCGUCGACUGGCUCCGCUCCCACUCGCGGCUCGACCACGUGCUCGCCCGCGACGACAACCGCGUCGCCGCUGCCUUCCGCCGCGCGCGCCUGAGGAAGGACCCCACCGCCCACUUCCUCCUCGCCGUCAAUCUCCAGGUGCCGGGCCGGCCGGACGCGUACAGCGCGGUGUUCUACUUCGCGGCGGAGGCGCCCAUCCCGCCGGACUCGCUGCUCGGUCGCUUCGUCCACGGCGACGACGCGUACCGCAACGCCCGGUUCAAGAUCGUGAACCGCAUCGUCAAGGGUCCGUGGCUUGUCCGCGCCACCGUCGGCAACUACGCGGCGUGCCUCCUCGGCCGCGCACUCACAUGCCGCUACCACAAGGGCGACGACUACCUCGAGAUUGACGUGGACAUCGGCAGUUCGGCGAUCGCCAGCGCCAUCCUGCAUCUGGCGCUGGGCGCCGUCACGUCGGUGACCAUCGACAUGGGGUUCCUUGUCGAGUCCCAGUCCGAGGAGGAGCUGCCUGAGAGGCUCUUCGGCGCUGUGCGCAUCGCUCAGAUGGAGAUGGGUGCAGCUAAGUACGUGGAGCCGCCGCCGGAUGAGGCGAUGUCUGAGACGGCCGGCAAGGCUGGGGCAGGGUUCAGGGUUGGGUCGGCGAAGGUGGCGAAUCAUAGCCGCCAACAAGAACAUGCCGGCCGCAAGGUCGGCAGGUCGAUGAGUUGCCAGGAGCGCGAGAUUGGAGGAAAAUAGAAGGGAAAGAUGCAAGUGUACUGCAAAAAUCAUCCAUCAGGUGGAGAAAAACGGCGCGAACUGGAGGAGAAAGGUCGGGUAACACAACAUAAUAAGCCGGGAGAGACGGAGCCACGGAAGCUCCCUUCAUAAUGUCAAAGUUCAUUUGGCUGUGAUCAGAACUUAAACCUGAUGGAUGCGAAAUAGUAUAUUUCUUUGGUGAGUGUCAUAAUUGUGAUGCCCGGCUUGUCUUCAGUUGCAGCUAACCCGGGUUUCGCUCCUAAUUGCAAAAUAUUUGGCCUGAUCA